AUGGGCAAAAAGAAGAGACGCGAUGAUGGUGGCAUCGGCGGCGAGGCUCCGCAGCGGCGCAUCUUUUGUUAUUACUGCGAUCGCAAUUUUGAUGACGAAAAGGUUCUCAUAUUGCACCAAAAAGCGCGUCAUUUUAAGUGUCCUACAUGCCACAAGAAGCUUAGUACUAUAAGUGGCAUGAUCAUUCACACCCAACAAGUGCAUAAGGAGACUCUCCAAAGUAUCCCGAAUGCUAAGCCGGGAAAAGAAAGUGUUGAUGUUGAGGUCUAUGGCAUGGAAGGUGUACCAGAUGCUGAUGGAAGCGUUGCGAAAAAGCUGCGAUUAGAUGCUCCUAUAGUAGGCGGCUAUCCUGGUCGUGGUCUGCCAUUUAUGGGCAUUCGACCGCCAAAUCCGAUGCAUUUUCCCGGUGGAAUAGCUUCUCCUGGAGUCGGUAUUCCGAUGCGGCCUACACUUACGCCAAGAGGGUUUCUUGGGGGUGCCGUACCACCUUCUCAUUUGGCGAUACCGCAAGCGUACCCAUCAUAUACUGGUAUGGCACAACAGUGGCCAAGAGGUCCACUCCCUCCCGGAGCAGUUGGCCCUCCGUCGCACGCUUUCCCAGGAUUCCCUAGUCAUCAGGUUGGCGUUAUGCCAAGUGGCGCUGGACCUGGUGCUCCACCGGGCAGUGCGAAUGCUAACAACACGAAUGAGUUUGAUGGCUUAGCCCAUAAAGGGGUCAAGAAUGAUUUAGGACUUAUCUAUGCGGACGAGAAUGUAUCCAUGGAGGAAAAGCGUGCACUUCGACCAAAAUAUGCAUACAGGCCGCUAGGAUGGACUGGUGUUACGAAUGGAAGCUCAGUGCCCUAA